AAUUAGCCACAGUGUGCAUAGAAAGUGCUGAAGUAGUAUAGAGGGCUAGUUGGUGGAGCAAGUGCGUAAUAAGAUGCAACAGCGAGGGGAAAGAUUUUUACAGUUUUCAAAUUAAGAAAUUUUGAUGGAAGAACCUGAAUGGCGUGCAGUCUUUUUUCAGUUCUCACAUUUUUGUACUACAAAGGCUUCGCGGCAUGCACGCGCGAACACGCCAAACGGGACGACGAAGUACUGGGAAGGAAUUUAAAUUGAACCAAUCACGUUGCGAACCUCAAUUGCGGAGUCAGUUCAAAACAAGAUGGCUUCGGUGUUUUGAAAAGUAAAGUUGAGGAAAGUUGCAUUCAGAGAAUGGAUUGUGAUGAUGGAUCCUUGGAGGCUGUGGAUGAUGAAGCAUUCAUAGCUAUUGCAAAUGAGUUAUUGGACAAAUGCAACCUUCCUGGUAAGGUCACCAGACUUGAGGAAUGCAGUGACACCUUUUUUGUUGGAGUUUACAAAGGUCUGCUUGGCGAUGAUUUGCAGGGCAUUCUAGAGAACCCCAUCUCAGCUGAGCAGCACAUUAGAAACUGCCAAACUGUGAUUAAUUUGGUAGCUACUGAUGUCCUUAAUGUGGAUCUCUCACACAUUUCUGGGAAGGCCAUUGUUGAGGGUGACAAGGUUUCAAUACGAAACUUUCUGGAGAUUUUUGCUGGUUUGCUUGAGUACUUCAUGGAAUAUGUCGAUGGUGAAGGUUCUGAUGAAGAUGACUCUAAUCUACUGACAUCAGAACAUGACGUCAUUUCUGGAGUACUAAGAGAGGAGUUUGGUCCUUCUUAUGAUGUUCUCUAUGGACCAAGGCCACAAACAAGCAGGCCAAGCAAAUUCAGAGAUGAUGCUCAGCUGGGCAGAGAAACAUCGCAACUGCCAAGUGCAGCAGGAACUCGAGAUCCUAAGAGAAAUGCUCAAGGAAAAAGAGCAGCACCUGCUGAUUUUGUUACAUGGGAUGCUGGAAAUUCCACUGGCUUUGAUGCUGACACCUCAAAGUUAAGUGACACAAGAGCAGAUGUCGUUGGAGACUCAACAGCUGAGCUGAUCAGACUAGGGGAGACUACCUCAGACAGAGUGCCAUCAAAGUCACCAGAAAGGAAAGAUACCAUCGAUCAUCUCCCAGACUCAACAUCUGGCAUGUCUGUUCCUACUCCAAUGAUCACUGGGACUUCUCAGGAGGCUAGUAGGGUUUUUACUGACGAUGCAGCUGGUGGCCUUAUGGAUGGUCAAAGAUCUGUACAGGGUACUGGAAGAGAAGUGUUAGGUGAUACUGCUCUUUCUCAAAGAUCAGAAUCUGGCAGGAUUGGACCUGCAGGAUACACUACAAGGAAGCCUGGAUCAUCCAGCUUACUCAGUCGUGAUGCCACUUCAAUAGAAGAUGAGCUGACACAGUACACAUUAACACCUACAGAGCUCACAGACUCCUCAGCAUCAAAGGAUAAGGGCCGUGACAAGCCUUCAGCCAGUUUUUUGUCCACAUCAUCAACAUCUGCUGCAUGGCCUGAGCAAAUAUCACCACUGGAACCCUCAAAGGACUCCAUUGGCAGAGAGACUUGUGGAUUUGAUGCCUUGGGUGUGCGACCAAGGGAGCAGCCAGCUGCUACUGAAGUCACAGAUGUCAGGUCAGGGGACAGCAGUGGGCGAUCAACUCCUGUUUAUCAUCAUUACCAUCAUCACUUUCAUCAUACACAACCACAAGGGAGGGUGCCAGGUAUGGAUUCAUUGUCUGAAUGUUCAUCCAUUUCACAGAUUGAGGAAGAAACUAAUAAAACUAAUACCAAUGCAAAUUUUUACUGCAUUCUAGAGAACCCCAUCUCAGCUGAGCAGCACAUUAGAAACUGCCAAACUGUGAUUAAUUUGGUAGCUACUGAUGUCCUUAAUGUGGAUCUCUCACACAUUUCUGGGAAGGCCAUUGUUGAGGGUGACAAGGUUUCAAUACGAAACUUUCUGGAGAUUUUUGCUGGUUUGCUUGAGUACUUCAUGGAAUAUGUCGAUGGUGAAGGUUCUGAUGAAGAUGACUCUAAUCUACUGACAUCAGAACAUGACGUCAUUUCUGGAGUACUAAGAGAGGAGUUUGGUCCUUCUUAUGAUGUUCUCUAUGGACCAAGGCCACAAACAAGCAGGCCAAGCAAAUUCAGAGAUGAUGCUCAGCUGGGCAGAGAAACAUCGCAACUGCCAAGUGCAGCAGGAACUCGAGAUCCUAAGAGAAAUGCUCAAGGAAAAAGAGCAGCACCUGCUGAUUUUGUUACAUGGGAUGCUGGAAAUUCCACUGGCUUUGAUGCUGACACCUCAAAGUUAAGUGACACAAGAGCAGAUGUCGUUGGAGACUCAACAGCUGAGCUGAUCAGACUAGGGGAGACUACCUCAGACAGAGUGCCAUCAAAGUCACCAGAAAGGAAAGAUACCAUCGAUCAUCUCCCAGACUCAACAUCUGGCAUGUCUGUUCCUACUCCAAUGAUCACUGGGACUUCUCAGGAGGCUAGUAGGGUUUUUACUGACGAUGCAGCUGGUGGCCUUAUGGAUGGUCAAAGAUCUGUACAGGGUACUGGAAGAGAAGUGUUAGGUGAUACUGCUCUUUCUCAAAGAUCAGAAUCUGGCAGGAUUGGACCUGCAGGAUACACUACAAGGAAGCCUGGAUCAUCCAGCUUACUCAGUCGUGAUGCCACUUCAAUAGAAGAUGAGCUGACACAGUACACAUUAACACCUACAGAGCUCACAGACUCCUCAGCAUCAAAGGAUAAGGGCCGUGACAAGCCUUCAGCCAGUUUUUUGUCCACAUCAUCAACAUCUGCUGCAUGGCCUGAGCAAAUAUCACCACUGGAACCGUCAAAGGACUCCAUUGGCAGAGAGACUUGUGGAUUUGAUGCCUUGGGUGUGCGACCAAGGGAGCAGCCAGCUGCUACUGAAGUCACAGAUGUCAGGUCAGGGGACAGCAGUGGGCGAUCAACUCCUGUUUAUCAUCAUUACCAUCAUCACUUUCAUCAUACACAACCACAAGGGAGGGUGCCAGGAUUUCAGUCUGUGGCUGGGGUUAGUGCAGCGACCACUGUUGAUGUACCAUCAGGUCCAGCUAGCCGUUUGUCAAGGAGUGAGCCCACUGGGGCAGCGACUAAACCUGGCUCAGGAUUGGUAGCCAACAGACUAACAAGGACUGCCCCGGGAGCUUUUACCUACCCCCUCACAGGAGAUGCCUAUCCUUCAGCCGCUGUUCCAAGGAGUAUCAGUGCUGUGUCCAGUACAGGCUUCACUCAGCCGCCCCCUGCUGCUGUGAUAGGGACCACAUCUACUCUGACUGACUCAGUGUUUUUAUCUGGUUCAGGAUCAUCUCGUCCUUCUGUUGUCCGAGCGAGCAGUGGUGCUGUUACAACUGAUGCAUUUGGUGGUGCGGCAUCCUUAAGAGAAAGACUUGCCAGGUCACUUAUAACAACCACAGCCACCUCUUCUUCUGCGGGUUCAUCUUUGGCGGUAUCGUCAACAGUACCAUCUACUAGUUACAGGCCUCACGCAGCACCCCGGAGCAGUUUAGCAGACCGAACGUCAAAACCAGAACAAAGUGACUGGGUAGCGGAUAGAUUGAGCCGCUUAAGAAGACCACAACCGUUAGCAUCAACAUUGCCUGCGAGACUGCAAACAGGAAUAACAGACGUUGAACAUUCCCCAGUUCGCCGAUCAAAAGUUGCUGAAGAGCUUUUGGCAAAGUACUCUUCAAAGGAAGCCGAGGAAAGUGACGGCAGUGAAAGCGAGAGAGAACAUGAAGACGAAGAUUUAGCGCAGAAUAGCGACAGUGCUGUUGAUUACGGACGACUCGGGCCCACUGCCGCAAGGGUGACAGGAGAUACAUCGACAUCCCGACUGAGCAGUCGAGCUGAGAGGAGCAGCAAGGGUCCAAGAACGAAUCACAGCUAUAAAGAAUCAACGGAAGAGGAUUCUUCUCCUGAGCGCCUUGCUCGUCGCGGCGUAACGUUCCGUGACACGGUGGAGACGUUUCCCGUUUCGGGAAGAAUGGAUCGGCUAAGGCGCCUACUGUACGAGGAGGCUGAGGAGCAGCGGAAACGACACACUAAAGCCAUGCGCAGGACAUAUCGUGACCAGUUAAGGGAAAUACAACAGGAAAAAGAAAGAGAGAAGAGUGCAAAACACAAACGGAAACUACCGGUGGGUCACAAGCCUCGGCUGUUUGGUUUGCUCAGCAUUGAGGCUCUACUUUGCUAUGUUUUAACAGCUUAUUUAGUUAUUGAACGAUUUUUCUCAGAUCUGAUGACAGACGGAGUUUUCCAUUGCACAGUAGCUACCGAGUUAUGGACUAAAUUGUGUAAGACUGAAGUUGCUUCAUUAAGUUUCAACUUAUUCUUAUUCCCAGAUCACCCGGAAGUAUUGCUACCCGCCAUGUUGGAAGAGUUCCCUUUCUUGCACGUCUCGCCCCAGACCGCUCACAGCAUGUGGAACAAGCAGGCGCGGCACCUGAGUUCUGUUCUCAAAUCUGGCGCUGAAGCCAAAAAGACAAAGACUCAGAAGAUGAUCGAAGACGCUGAGAAACGGCAGGAAGCUUUAGUGGGAAUAUUAAAGAAAGAUUUGGACCAUAAUCUCAGAAUGCGAGAAAAACAAGAGCGACAACAACAACAGCGUACAGUCAAAGCAAAGCUUAGGGAAAAACGACAAGUCUCUGCGCGUGCUCGGCGUUACUACGACGAAUAUGAACUGCGCAUGCGGGCUAGGAUGUUGAAACGGCGUACGCGUGAAGAGCAGAUCUUCAAGAGGUUGUUCGAGGAUGGUUUGGAUAUUCAGAAGCAGCGUAUACGUGAAUUAAGAGAGUACGCUAAGGAAAAGAGAGAAGCCCUGGCUCAGAAACAGCAGAACGAAAUAGAAUCACUAGAGAACUUUUAUCGUGACCAGUUCGCUAUGUUAGCGGAAGGAAUCGCUCGUGAGAGGUAUGAGAUGGAAGUGCGUGAAAAAGCACAAGAAAAGGUGGUGCGGCAGAUGAGAGGAGACUUGCGUAAGAAGCUGGAGCGUGACGUGCGAGAAUUCCAAGAAAAUCUUCAGCGGGACGAGGACUCGGCGUACUUCAGACAACUGGAGGCCGAUAGAUUACGAACCAAGUUUCAACUGGCAACUCGCAACGCAUUCUACUAGCCACUAUGUUCUCUCUAAAUACUCACUUUUGGGCGUGAAACAACUGUAGUUUGCGUCCUUCAAUACCAGGACGUAUCGUAAUCCGUUCCGUAUCCGUAUCUUGACUUGCUCAUGGGGUCCGGCUACUUGCCGUGUUCUGUUCUGUGUGCUAGGUUGUUCAGGGGUUUGGGUAUUUUUCUAGCGUCUGACAAAACAUAGCCACCCACAUCACGUGGGUAGUCACAGAGGAUUGGACUUUCCAUCAGCUGAAUGAUUUUCUGACAUUCUAGCAAAUCCCCAUAGCAGCAGUUACUGAAGCUUUCCGUUGCUAAGAGGAUCUGCUUAGCUUAGUAUUCGAGCUGCUUCUUUUCUUGUGUGAGGAGGCGGGGUUAGGAGGGCGGGGACUGUAAGGGAGGGGUUAUUCUAAGUCAUACAUGAGAUAUAUGUGAUGUCUAGUGUAAUAAACCUCUCUACAAGUAAAUGUGGUGGAUGAACAAUCGAUGAAAUGUGUGGUUAUGUCUGCCUCUCAGUGAUCGUGUUCUUGAAUUGACGUCGACGAAAAAGAAAGAGAGAUUCUUGAUUACUGGACUACGUGAUCCAGCCAUUCCUUUUGGUUCAUAACCGGCUGACUUGACCUCCCUAAGUAAACUGAAAUAAUCAUUGGUAAUAUAUUGAACUAUUCUUUGCACUAUUCUGGUGUUAGUCGGUACAAGUGUGAGUGAGGUAGUGGUAUAUUGAUAAUGGAUAGAUACUGGGAUUGAAGGGAUUUAAAACAUUUUUAAGCAGACCAUGGAAUGACCACAUUACAUUUGAAUCCUCGCCAUUGUGUCAGUUGUUCAAGCAAUCUCUGUCGAAACUGGGAUAGUAAAAUAUUUUAUAUUUCUUUCAAGUCACACACAUUAAUUUACAUUUGUAAGUACUUGCAGAAUACAUAAUAGUUAUGCAACGCAUCGGGUCUCGGAAUGGUGACAAACUGCGCGCGCAACAUUCGGAAUUCAGAGAUAACAUUAAACAAGCUGAAACUGAUUAUGACACAGAGCGAACUACCAGCUAAAGUUUUCCAAGUUACUGGUCACUUUGUAACCAGCACCGUCUUCAGUCAUAAGUAAGGUUUGGCGAUCAUUUCCUCUCGGACUAUUGACCCGUAUCCUGGUUACUAUACUUUUCACCAAAGCGGUUGAGAUAUUACUUAAGAUAAGGUGAGUUUUUUCGACCGUUUAAUUAAGCACGGGGAAAGUGGCGUGCUAGUGUAUCUUUCUAAGAGAUGUUUAACGUUACUCAGUCUCCGAAACAACUACAAAUACAAGAGGUUAAAUAAUAGGGAACAUGAAAAUGCCAAAAUUUGUUCACACAUAGGUUGAUGAGAAAUAAUUCAAGAGAGGCCUAAAUAAUUCAUAUCCUUACUCUCUUAAACAGAAAAUAGUUUUAAUUGUCAAAUAAGAAGAACUUCCAUUUUUGCAACUUCAAUUACCUUUUCAAUUACUUACAUCAUUUUCAUUUAAACAAAUUAAGACUUUUCAGCAUUUGUCCGCCAGUUUGAUAGUAAAGAAAGUGGUCGAUCAAUCUCUCAAAGGCGUAGGGCGAGAUAUGCGUGCUAAAGAUUUUUGAACUCAUGGCAUGCACUAAGUUUAUUUUCAACAACGUUUGGGCCUUAGUUAGAGAUGAUACAGGUGAAACAAAGCUGAAAGGUUUCAGUAAAUUUCCUGGUUACGCAAAAGAUACGCGCGGAUAGAUGUGUGCGGAGUGAUUUUUUCGGUCUCCAAAAUCAGAGAGCUCAUCGCCGAAUGUGGUAGGAAAGUUCAGGGUCCUAACGUCGCAAUGGAUGCGGGUUUAUUUUGUUUUCACAUUUGAACACGAAAGAUAUUUUAGAUUUUUCACAAGUAUAUCAGUGCAAGUUGCACAAUGUACUUGUGAAAAAUCAGUGAGACUUAAAAAUUGUUAAAAUUACAACCAACGUGUCAAUGAGAAAAGCCCGUGCUGAAUCAUUCCACGAUGGCAAGUUGAAGCCAAUCAGCUGCUGGUAAAUCUUAGCACGUGCGCACUCUCGCACGUGAUAGCUAUAUAAUCGCACCGCAUUUUGAAAGUUUGCAAAACACUCAACGUGUAACAGGUACAGACACUACGUUUAACGGCUGAAGGAUUUGCCCUCAAUCA